CGGACAGAUAGCACACCACGUGCCGGCCGCGGAUUCCCGUAUAUAUAUAAGAUCUUUUCAGCGGUAUCCUCACAACGCACACACACGUUUUACCCACUCGGUACAAUCAGUAGUCGCUGUACGAACAACAACCACAGACAACCACUCCGUCGAAAUGCAAGUAAGAGUCACUUUUACUUUAAUUUUUUCGUUUUCAUUUUCCGCCGGCUUUGUCCCGCGGUAUUAUUACAUACCGUUAUACCUUAUUAUUCAUCUGUAAACAUUUUCGCACAACAGGUCACGUUGGUACUCUCCUCGUUGCUGUUGGCGGCCGCCGCAGUCAGCGCAUUCCCGCAAAGCCCGGAGUCCAGAGCCGCGAUCCUCCGCCAAGAUACCGAAGUCAACUACGACGGAACAUACAAAAACAAGUACGCGCCGUAUUCACUUCGUGAUUAACCCCGAAUCUAUGACCCUGCGCGAUUCUCUCGGGCUACAGUAAAAUAGGUAUCCGCGGACGUCGUCGCACAUUAUUUUAUCCGUCUCGCGUUCCGCCAAUACCAAUAAUGCUCAACGCAAUAGUACCUGUACCGCAAUAGUCUGCAACGGUUUUUCGUUUCAUGAAUUUCGUUCGGAGUCCAGUACGCGUUAACAGCCGUGCGGUUGAAAUUUUAGGUUUUAUUUUUUUUCUCCCGGCCGUUUACGUAACGACGACGAGGUUACAUGUUUUCGAUUUCGUUCGGACGGCACGAGAAAGCAUAAUAAUAAUAAUAAUAAUAAUAAUAAUAAUAAUGCGUUAGCCGACGAUGGUGUUUUCGGUAUGAGAUAAUCGAACACGCCGAACGAUUUCGCGCCGUAACAGAAGAGCGGCGGCGGGCGAUUAGGUCGAGCCGAGAUUCGCGAGGUGUUCGGUUUACGCGAUCGACGCGCGCCGGCACGGAUACCGAAAAAAAAAAACGUUCAGCGCAACAGACAGUAAAAUAUCCUCACUUGCCUUUCCAGUUUGUUAUUCGGUCGAAUCGCUCGUCGUUUUUCUUUCUCACAACCCCCCCCCCCAUCCCCCUACCUUAUCUAUCGUUUCAUUACGUUUUUCUCGGGCCUUUCACCGAAAACUUACCGACGGCCAUUGAGUAUGCUUAUUUAUGUGUUUAGGCACGGUCCGGGUAAAUCGUCCGGCGAUUAUGGCUGCUAAAAUUGUUACGACACGCGUUCAUUAUUAUUUAUCACGCUGACUGUUAAAAAAAAAAGAUCACUUCGCUUAGAUUAGAUAAUAAUAUACGACUUUUAAAACCGCCGUUGGUAUACGGUUGUAAUUUAUUUUACGUUUUUCCGUCUUCUUUUCGCAGGUUCGAAACCGAGAACGGAAUCAAACAAGACGAAGUCGGUUACCUGAAGGCUGGUCCGUCCGGCACCCCGAUCUCCGUGGUCCAGGGAUCCUCGUCGUACGUGGCUCCGGAUGGCUCGGUCAUCAACACCGGUUACGUCGCUGACGAGAACGGUUACCGACCGGUGGGCUCCCACUUACCCGUUCCCCCGCCAAUUCCAGUCGAAAUCCAAGAGUCUCUAAAGCUGUUGGCUUCCCUGCCCAGCACACCCGAACCCGUGUACCAGUGAGCGCUAUGUAAUAUAAUUCCACACGUCGACUCCAUCAUAUCAUUCCGUCAGACCGCACUGCAGUUCUGCACGACUGCCACUGUCGUCUAUAUGUAUAAUAUUAUGAUACUUCCCAUAUUCACCCCAUUUUUUUUACACGAAUAUCUUUAAUUUUUUAAUUUUUUUAUAUAUAUAAAUGUAAAUUUUUCCAUCAUUAUUCUCAAUACCAUUGCCCGUCGACGAUAAGUCGCGUACGCGUGUAUACAUAUACCGUUGUUUGUUAUGUUAUUGCCAUGUAACUGUAUAAUAUGUUUGUUUGAGUAUAUAUUAUAAACGUGUAUGUUUUGAUAAAAAAAACGUGUUUUUAAUUA